GGUGGAGCUGUCAUGACAUCCCAGCCUCGCAGGCUGCAGUGGCUUUGCACAGCUGAAUUACAGACUGAUUUUGUUUGAAAGGGACUUUUGGAGAUUUCUGACCCAAACCCUGCUUUAAGCAAGUUCAAUCUCAACUUUAAAGCCAACUUCAUACUUAAACCAGGUGGCUCAGUUGAGUUUGCAGUUUUUCUGUGGUUAUACUGGAGACAACAAGCUUUCUAUGCCCCAUGCUUGAUCAACCUCGUGGAAAAAAACUAUCAUCUCCUAAUAUUUAACCAGAUUUCUCCACAGCCCGUGCCUGCUGCCCCUUGCCCCCGUGCUCAGCACCACCAGCAGCGUCUCAGCUCCCUCUUCCCCACAUAUUCCCAAUUCCCAAGCUGGGUGCAGGGCAGCCGGUAGCACCGCAGCGAGGGGAACAUCAGCGGCGUGCAACGGGGACAAGUUUUCCACGAGCACAAGCGCAAAGGGCGGCCGGGUUGCAAGCGGCGGUGGCGAGUUGCUCAGCUGCUUUGUUGCCUCCGCGUGGGGCCAAGCGUCCUGUGGCCAUUCAGAGGGGCUGCGCAAUUAACUCCAGCGCCCGAGCACCCAUGGAGUACAUCAGCACGCGGGGAGGUGUGGGGGCUGUUGACUUCGAGGGAGCCCUCUUCUCCGGCUACGCGCCCGAUGGGGGUCUCUUCAUGCCCCGGUGCAUCCCCACGCUGGACCGGGACACACUGCAGAGAUGGAGCCGCCUCUCCUACCGGGAGCUGGUGAAGGAGCUCUGCUCCCUCUUCAUCACGGCCGAGCUGAUCCCGCGGGACACGCUCAACGACCUGAUCGACAGGGCCUUCAGCAGGUUCAGGCACAAGGAUGUUGUCCAUCUGUCCAGGCUGAAGGACGGGCUGAAUGUGUUGGAGCUCUGGCAUGGGGUUACUUACGCAUUUAAGGAUCUGUCCUUGUCCUGUACGGGGCAGUUUUUACAGUACUUCUUGGAGAAAAAGCAGAAGCAUGUCACUAUUCUGGUGGGGACUUCAGGGGACACGGGGAGCUCGGCCAUCGAGAGCGUGAGAGGGCAGAAGAACAUGGACAUCUUCAUUCUGCUGCCCAAGGGCCUCUGCACUCAGAUACAGGAACUUCAGAUGACCACUGUCAUUGAAAACAACGUCCACGUCUUUGCUGCUCCUGGGAACAGCGAUGAAAUUGAUGAGCCGAUCAAGGAACUGUUUGCUGAUGUCGAUUUUGUCAGAAAAUACGAUCUGAUGAGCCUGAAUUCGGUCAAUUGGUCUAGGAUUAUGGUCCAGAUCGCUCACCACUUCUACGCCUACUUUCAGUGUGCCCCGUCCCUCGAUACCACCCCUCUGCCAGUGGUGGAAAUUGUUGUGCCAACAGGAGCAGGAGGAAAUAUCACAGCUGGCUGUAUUGCCCAGAAAAUGGGUCUCCCAAUUCGGCUUGUUGCCGUUGUUAACAGCAAUGACAUAAUUCACAGAAUUGUUCAACAUGGAGAUCUCUCAGUGUCAGAAAGUGUGAAGGCUACAUUAGCAUCAGCCAUGGACAUUCAGGAGCCUUACAACAUAGAGAGGAUCUUCUGGCUGCUCUCAGGCUCCGACAGCCACCUGACGAAAAUGUUGAUGGAGCAAUUCAGCGUGUCGAAAAGCCUGAAACUGCCAGAGGAUUUGCACAGGAAGCUCUCCAAGACCCUGCAGUCGUGCUCAGCUUCUGACGAGGACAUUGUGCGGGCCAUGCAGCGCUGCUGGGAGAACAACCGCUACCUGCUGUGUCCCCACUCUGCCGUGGCUGCUCACUAUCACUACUCACAGCUGGACAGCACGCCCCGGUGUUGCUUAGCUUCAGCCUCUGCAGCCAAAUUUCAGGAUGCCGUGCUCCGAGCUGGGCUGGCUGUCCAGCUUCCCCCUGAUAUCACCACCUUAACGUCUAUGGAGACCAGGUCCAUCCCCUUGGAGCCGGGGCAGGACUGGGCACAGGUGCUCCGGGAGCGGAUCAAAGCCGUGGCACAGCGGUGGGAGACACGGGGGGGUCAGUCAGCGCCCCAACGACAAGGGGAGGUCACCAGGCAGGGAGUCACCCGGACCUGAGCUAUCAGGGUACAGCUGGUCAGUGCCUCCCAGGGCUCAUUUUCCAUUCCCAGGAGAGCCCUGUGUUACACUGGGAGAGGAGCCUACAGUCUCCAUGCAAUGAAUUAUUAGCAAGAACACACUUCACCAUUGAAUUACGUAGAAUAUUUCAUAAUGUUUCCAGUGAAGAGCUCUGCAAUUGUAUCCUCUUUUCCUUACAUAUUCAUAAAAACUGAUUGAAACUUUGAAUAAA